CGUAUAUCAAAGACGCGAUAGCUACGCUAAAAUUGUUCGAAGAUCGAAUAGUAGUAAAUUUGAUAAAGAAAAUAAUAAACUUGCACUUAUUAAGUAAAAAAAAUCUAUUAUUUGAAUAAAAAUAUUUAUAAUUUGUAAUGUUUUAUAAUUAUGUGUGAAAAUUAUUCUUAGUUUAUAAAAAGGAAGUGUAAAUAGAUAAUAAUUUGUUUCGUUUUGAUUAAAGAAAAAAAAUAAUUAUGGCAGACGCUGCAGCAAGACAAUUGCAAUAUGAAUAUAAAGCUAAUUCUAAUCUUGUAUUACAAGCAGAUGUAAGAUUAAUAGAAAGAAGAAGUAGAGAUGAAGCUACUGGUGAGGUUAUGUCACUUGUUGGCAAACUUGAUGGAACGCGAAUGGGUGAUAGAGCACAACGUACUAAGCCAGGAAAAGCAGAGGAAAGAAAAGUUAAACGUCAAAAACGAGAUGAAGCUCAAUAUGAUUUUACACGAAUGAAAGGUGCAACAUUGCUUUCAGAAGGUGUAGAUGAAAUGGUAGGAAUCGUUUAUCGUCCUAAAACUCAAGAAACACGACAAACUUAUGAAGUAUUACUAAGUUUUAUUCAAGAAGCCUUAGGUGAUCAACCAAGAGAUAUUCUUUGUGGUGCUGCUGAUGAAGUAUUGGCAGUUUUGAAGAAUGAUCGACUUAAAGAAAAAGAAAAGAAAAAAGAAACAGAAUUAUUAUUAGGUCCAUUAGCUGAAGAGAGAUUUGCAUUACUAGUAAAUCUUGGAAAAAAAAUAACAGAUUUUGGAAGUGAUGAGAAGACUACUACAAAUGAAGAAAAUAUUGAUGAAACAUAUGGAAUUAAUGUGCAAUUUGAAGAAAGCAGUGAAGAAGAUGAUGAAGAUGUUUAUGGAGAAGUUAGAGAAAAUGAUGACGAAGGUGAUGAAGGUGAAGAAGCUAAUGAUGAUAGAGCUAUUCAUGCAGAAAAUUUAGGUGGUGCAGAAGAAAUGAAAAAAGAGAAGCCAUUACAUCCUUUGGAUAUAGAUGCUUAUUGGUUGCAAAGAAGAUUAAGCAGAAUAUACGAUGAUGCAAUGGUCUCACAAGCAAGAGCUGCAGAAGUACUAGCAGUUUUAAAGGAUGCUGGAGAUGAUCGUGACUGUGAAAAUCAAUUAGUACUUUUAUUAGGAUAUGAUUGCUUUGAUUUCAUUAAACAACUUAAGAAAUAUAGACAUACAAUUGCUUACUGUACUAUGUUGGCAUCUUCACAGUCUGAGUCAGAACGUCAAAAAAUUCGAAAUAAAAUGAAUGAUGAUCCUGUAUUAGCAAAAAUUUUACGACAAUUAGAUACAGGUAAAGGUGAUGAUGAUGCUGAUGAAACAAUGGAAGCAAGGGCACAACGUAAACGAAGAGAAGAAAAUGAAGAUACUGGAGGUCCAGGUGGUCAAGUUCAGGGUACAAGAAAUCUGAUAGAUCUAGAAGAUCUAAUAUUUGCACAAGGUAGUCAUUUUAUGGCAAACAAACGUUGUCAAUUACCUGAUGGAAGUUUUAGAAAACAGCGUAAAGGAUAUGAAGAAGUUCAUGUACCUGCUUUGAAACCAAAACCAUUUGCAGAAAAUGAGAAACUUUAUCCUAUUGAUCAAUUACCAAAAUAUGUGCAACCAGCUUUUGAAGGUUUUAAAACAUUAAAUAGAAUUCAGAGUCAUUUGUAUCAAGCUGCAUUAGAUAGCGAUGAAAAUUUAUUACUGUGUGCACCAACAGGUGCUGGUAAAACCAAUGUUGCUCUUUUGUGUAUGAUGCGUGAAAUUGGAAAACAUAUAAAUGCAGAUAGUACAAUAAAUGCAGAUGAAUUCAAAAUAAUUUAUGUUGCACCAAUGCGUUCUUUAGUACAAGAAAUGGUUGGAACUUUCAGUAAAAGAUUAUCCACAUAUAAUUUAACUGUAUCAGAAUUAACUGGUGAUCAUCAAUUAACAAGAGAACAGAUAGCUGCAACUCAAGUUAUUGUAUGCACUCCUGAAAAAUGGGAUAUCAUAACAAGAAAAGGAGGUGAAAAAACCUUUACUUCAUUGGUUAGAUUGAUUAUUAUUGAUGAAAUUCAUUUACUACAUGAUGAGAGAGGACCAGUUUUAGAAGCUUUAGUUGCUAGGACAAUUAGAAAUAUUGAAACAACACAGGAAGAUGUAAGAUUAAUUGGUCUUUCAGCAACAUUACCAAAUUAUCAAGAUGUUGCUGCAUUUUUACGUAUAAAACCAGAAUCUGGUUUAUUUUAUUUUGAUAAUAGUUUCAGACCUGUUGCUCUAGAGCAACAAUAUAUAGGUGUAACAGAAAAAAAGGCAUUGAAACGUUUUCAAGUAAUGAAUGAAAUUGUAUAUGAAAAAACAAUGGAACAUGCUGGGAGAAAUCAAGUUCUUGUUUUUGUACAUUCGCGGAAAGAAACAGGAAAAACAGCACGUGCUAUUAGAGAUAUGUGUUUGGAAAAAGAUACAUUAGGACAAUUUCUUAGAGAAGGAUCUGCAUCUAUGGAAGUUUUAAGGACAGAAGCUGAACAAGUUAAAAAUCAAGAACUUAAGGACUUAUUACCUUAUGGUUUUGCUAUUCAUCAUGCCGGUAUGACAAGAGUAGAUAGAACAUUAGUUGAAGAUCUUUUUGCAGAUAGACAUAUUCAAGUUUUAGUAUCCACAGCAACUUUAGCUUGGGGUGUUAAUUUACCAGCACAUACAGUUAUUAUUAAAGGAACUCAGGUAUAUAAUCCAGAAAAAGGUAGAUGGGUUGAAUUAGGUGCUCUAGAUGUAUUGCAAAUGUUAGGUAGAGCUGGUCGUCCACAAUAUGAUACAAAAGGUGAAGGUAUUCUUAUUACAAAUCAUAGUGAAUUACAAUAUUAUUUAUCUUUAUUAAAUCAACAAUUACCUAUUGAAUCACAAUUAAUUAGUAAAAUGUCAGAUAUGUUAAAUGCAGAAAUAGUAUUAGGUACUAUACAAAAUAUUAGAGAUGCAGUUACUUGGUUAGGAUAUACUUAUUUGUACAUUAGAAUGCUUCGUUGUCCAAAUUUAUAUGGUAUAAGUCAAGAUAAAAUAAAGGAAGAUGCAUUAUUAGAAUUGCAUAGAGCAGAUCUUAUUCAUUCUGCCGCAGUGGCAUUAGAUCGUAGCGGUUUAAUUAAAUAUGAUCGAAAAUCUGGAAAUUUUCAAGCUACUGAACUAGGUCGAAUUGCAUCACAUUAUUAUUGUACUCAUGAAACAAUGGCUAUAUAUAAUCAAUUAUUAAAACGUACUUUGAGUGAAAUUGAAUUAUUUAGAGUAUUUUCUUUAUCUAGUGAAUUUAAACAUAUAAACGUCAGAGAAGAAGAAAAAUUAGAAUUGCAAAAAUUGAUGGAAAGAGUACCGAUUCCAGUAAAAGAAAGUAUAGAAGAGCCAAGUGCAAAAGUUAAUGUACUUUUACAAGCAUAUAUCUCUCAAUUAAAACUUGAAGGAUUUGCUCUUAUGUCUGAUAUGGUAUUUGUUACCCAAUCUGCAUCACGAUUAAUGAGAGCUAUUUUUGAAAUUGUUUUAUUCCGAGGUUGGGCACAACUAGCAGAUAAAUGUUUAUCUUUAUGUAAAAUGAUAGAUCGAAGAAUGUGGCAAUCAAUGUCACCUCUUAGACAAUUCAGAAAAAUGCCAGAAGAGAUUGUAAAAAAAAUAGAAAAAAAGAAUUUUCCCUGGGAAAGAUUGUAUGAUUUAGGGCCUAAUGAAAUCGGUGAAUUGAUUAGAGUACCUAAACUUGGUAAAACUAUUCAUAAAUAUAUUCAUCAAUUUACAAAAUUGGAAUUAUCGACGCAUAUUCAACCAAUUACCCGUUCUACUUUAAGAGUAGAAUUAACUAUUACACCAGAUUUUCAAUGGGAUGAAAAAGUGCAUGGAGCAUCAGAAGCAUUUUGGAUUUUAGUUGAAGAUGUAGAUUCCGAAGUUAUACUUCACCAUGAAUAUUUUUUACUUAAAGCCAAAUAUGCAACAGACGAACAUUUGAUAAAAUUUUUUGUUCCUGUAUUUGAACCUUUGCCACCACAAUAUUUUUUACGUGUUGUAUCAGAUAGAUGGAUUGGAGCGGAAACUCAAUUGCCCGUCAGUUUCCGACAUUUAAUUUUACCAGAAAAAAAUUUACCACCAACUGAAUUGCUUGAUUUACAACCACUUCCAAUUACUGCAUUGCGUAAUUCAAAAUUUGAAAGCAUUUAUGCAGAUAAAUUUCCACAAUUUAAUCCAAUACAGACACAAGUAUUCAAUGCUAUUUAUAAUUCAGAUGAUAAUGUUUUUGUUGGAGCACCUACAGGUUCAGGUAAGACAACUAUCGCGGAGUUUGCUGUAUUACGUUUAUUUACUCAGAAUCCAGAAGGAAGAUGUGUAUAUAUGGUUAGUAAAGAAGCCUUAGCAGAAUUAGUAUACAUGGAUUGGUCAGCAAAAUUUAAUCAACAAUUAGGCAGAAAAGUAGUUCUUUUGACUGGUGAAACAGGAACAGAUUUAAAAUUACUUGCAAAGGGACAAAUUAUAAUCACAACUGCGGAUAAGUGGGAUGUAUUAUCACGAAGAUGGAAGCAAAGAAAAAAUGUACAAAACAUUCAACUUUUUAUUGUUGAUGAGCUUCAAUUAAUAGGUGGCGAAGAAGGACCUGUAUUAGAAGUUGCAUGUUCAAGAGCUCGAUAUAUCUCUUCACAAUUGGAUAAACCAACCAGAAUUAUAGCAUUAUCAGCUUCACUUGCUGAUGCAAAAGAUGCUGCGCAAUGGUUAGGUGCACCCGCUGCUGCAACUUUUAAUUUUCAUCCAUCUGUUAGACCUGUACCUUUAGAGUUACAUGUACAAGGAAUAAAUAUUACUCAUAAUGCAUCUAGAUUAGCUGCUAUGGCAAAGCCAGUAUAUAAUGCAAUACUUAGACAUGCUUCCCAUAAACCAGUUAUUGUUUUUGUACCUACUCGUCGUCAAGCCCGAUUAACAGCUAUAGAUUUAUUAACAUUCACUGCAGCUGAAGGACAACCUUCUCGAUUUUUUCAUGCAGAAGAAGCUGAUAUUAAACCAUUUUUAGAUAGAAUGACAGAUAAAACAUUGAAGGAAACACUAUCUCAAGGUGUUGCGUAUCUUCACGAAGGAUUAUCUGUUGAUGACCGACAUCUUGUUGAACAACUUUUCGAUAGCGGUGCAAUUCAAAUAGCAGUUGCUACAAGAGAUCUUUGUUGGGGUUUAUCUAUUAGUUCGCAUCUUGUUGUUGUGAUGGAUACUCAAUGUUACAAUGGAAAAACACAUGCUUACGAAGAUUAUCCUAUUACAGAUGUUUUACAAAUGGUAGCACGUGCAAAUCGUCCAUUGGAAGAUGACGAUGCUAAAUGUGUCCUUCUUUGUCAGAGUUCAAAGAAAGACUUUUUCAAGAAGUUUUUGAAUGAACCUUUGCCUGUAGAAAGUCAUUUGGAUCAUAGACUGCACGAUCAUUUCAAUGCAGAAAUUGUGACUAAAACAAUCGAAAAUAAACAAGAUGCAGUUGAUUAUCUUACAUGGACAUUCUUGUAUAGACGACUUACACAAAACCCAAAUUAUUAUGGAUUACAAGGUGUUACUCAUAGGCAUUUAUCUGAUCACUUAUCUGAAUUAGUUGAAAGCACAUUAAGUGAUUUAGAACAAGCAAAAUGUGUUGCUGUAGAAGAUGAAAUGGAUACUUUACCUUUAAAUCUUGGAAUGAUUGCAGCAUAUUAUUAUAUUAAUUAUGCAACAAUUGAAUUAUUUAGUCUAUCUUUAAAUAAUAAAACUAAAAUCAGAGGUUUAUUGGAAAUUAUUUCAGCCGCUGCUGAAUAUGAAACUGUUCCAGUUCGACAACGUGAAGAAAAUUUAUUAAGAAGCUUAGCAACACGGCUUCCACAUGCACCUCAAGCUUCACGAAUGGCUGAUCCUCAUGUAAAAGCACAACUUUUAUUGCAAGCACAUUUAUCUAGAAUACAACUUGGUCCAGAACUUCAAAAAGAUACAGAAUUAGUAUUAAGUAAAGCUAUAAGAUUAAUACAAGCUUGUGUUGAUGUUCUCAGUUCAUCUGGUUGGCUAGCUCCUGCUGUGGCUGCUAUGGAAUUAGCACAAAUGGUUACACAAGCAAUGUGGUCUAAGGAUUCUUAUCUCAAACAAUUACCACAUUUUACAGCUGAAACUAUUAAACGUUGUACAGAUAAAGGUGUAGAAACAGUAUUUGAUGUAAUGGAAUUAGAAGAUGAUGAUAGAAAUCGUCUUUUACAAUUAUCCGAGACACAAAUGGCAGAUGUUGCUAAAUUUUGUAAUCGUUAUCCUAACAUAGAAAUGUCUUAUGAAGUUCAGGAUAAAGAUAAAUUACGCAGUGGUGGUACAGUAAAUGUCAUUGUACAGCUUGAAAGAGAAGAUGAAGUUACAGGUCCAGUUGUAGCACCUUUCUUUCCACAAAAACGUGAAGAAGGAUGGUGGGUUGUUAUUGGUGAUCCAAAAACUAAUUCUUUGUUAUCUAUUAAGAGAUUAACAUUACAACAAAAAGCAAAAGUUAAACUCGAUUUUGUAGCACCUGCUCCUGGCCAACAUUCCUAUACUCUAUAUUUUAUGAGUGAUGCUUAUUUAGGUUGCGAUCAAGAAUAUAAAUUUACUAUUAAUGUAGAUGAAUAUGAAUCGGAUGUCAGUUCAGGAUCAGAAUCUGAUUAAGAAAAAAA